AUGCGUGCCUUUCAAGUGUUGUUCGCCAAGCGGCUUCAGUUGACCUUGUUGACCGGGUUGGUAGCUUUGCCUUGGCUGGCUCCAUUGGUAGUCGCAGCUGAAAGCGAACAGCUGAGCUUCUUACCGACUCCAAAUCCCGGCACUAGGUCUUCACCAUCGGUCCCCGGCGCAGACCAUCCCAACUUGAUUUUUGCCUCCUUCGCCGGUCUCCUCCAGCAAUGGCCGAACACCUAUGCCUACAGCGGCCACUCGAUCAUUCCGGGUGUCGUCCCGCGGGGCACGUUGCUCUAUCAUAGAACCAAUCAUCAGACCCCUCCGCCUUCAGAGGGACUCGAAUGGCUUGCCUUCAACCCCGAGUACAGCUACGUCAUUCACGCUCACAGGCUCGGCCAAACGUCUUAG